AUAAGUGAAGGCGAGAGGUCAGCGCCUUUCUCCCGGCGUUGGGCUGCCCUUGCGCGUCGGCAGCUCCAGCGGAGCACGCGGCAGGGCUGUGGCCGGGCGGAAGUGACGGCCGUUUCACCUGCUGGGCUGCGAGGGGACAGAGGAGGGCGGCGCGAGGCAGCGAGUGUCCGUUGGGAAUUCGCUCGGGAGUCGCUCUUUUUUCUCUGGCCGCCGGCGACUGCUCUCCCCGCCAUGGCAUCGCUGCUGCCGCUCUUGUGGGUUGUAACGUUUCUCUGUGCAGAUCUAACUGAAGGUGUAACAAUAACUUCAACUGAGCAGACCAUGGUUACAAAAGCUCAAGGAGAGAAAGUUACACUGCUGUGCACAUUUACUCUCACCCCAGAAGAUGAAAGCACAGUUGAAAUUGAAUGGAGUAUUUUGGAACCAAAUGGAGAAGAACCAGUCAUCAUAUACAAUAGAGACAAAGUUUAUGAUAAGUAUCGUAUGAUAGGACGAGUACAGUUUAUUGAACAAAAUCCAACUUCUGGAGAUGCAAGCAUUGAUGUCCUAAAUUUAAAACCAGAAGAUACUGGCACAUACCAAUGUAAAGUGAAGAAACUUCCUGGUGUUCAGACUCAUAGAAUCCACUUGACAGUACUUGAAAAGCCCACGAAGACUAAAUGCUAUGUGGAGGGAUCACAGGAGAUUGGAACAGAUCUUACUCUGAAAUGUAAAUCCCAAGAAGGCUCUCCCAUCAUAAUUUACAGCUGGAAAAAAACCACUGGUUCACAAGAACUUCCAGCAACAGCAUUACCGAAUGCAAAUACAGGUGACCUUUUUGUGAAAAACGCUUCUCAGGCUUACUCUGGUACUUACACGUGUUUUGCUAUAAAUAAGGUCGGCACAGAUGAAUGUUCUGUUAUACUGACUGUUAAACCUCCUAUAGAUAGAGCUGGUACAAUUGCUGGAGCAGUUAUAGGGACUCUUCUGGCACUCUGCAUAUUGGCUGUUUUCAUUUUCUGUUUCUAUAAGAAACGAAGAGAAAAAAAAUAUGAAAAAGAAGUACAUCAUGAUAUCAGAGAGGAUGUCCCUCCUCCAAAGAGUCGUGCCUCAACAGCUCGCAGCUACAUAGGGAGUAAUCGAUCAUCUUUGGGCUCAAUGUCUCCAUCUAAUAUGGAUGGUUUUACCAAAACUCAGUACAAUAAAGUGCCAAGUGAAGACUUUGAACGUACUCCUCAGAACCAGUACUUUGAUCCACCAAAGGUAGCUGCACCUAAUCUAAGUAGAAUGGGAGCUAUUCCCGUGAUGAUACCAGCACAAAGCAAAGAUGGUUCCAUAGUAUAACAUGACAAGACAUUAAUUUGAAGUUUCACUAGUUCAUUACCACAUUGAUGAUUAGUUUGUUCCAGUUUUACACUUUUAAAUACACUCUUGAGCAUCAGAAUAUUUGCUUAGCUCACAAGUUUUUUAUUGAGUUUGACCACUUACAUUGAAGAAAGCUGACAGUGAAGGAACCAUUGUUAUCCACAAUUUUUUAGGAGUUUCUAAAUAAAUAUUGAAAUAUGAAUUCUUGAUCUAUUAGCGUUAGUGGACUGUAUGACAUGAAGUAUUUUAUCUUUACGUUGUUAGAGAUACCUGACUAUAUAUGACAACUGUUACAACAAUAGAGUUCUUUUGUUCAGAAAUCUGAAAAUAGGGACUUGAAUUCUUGUAAUAUAGAUUCUGGAGUACAUUUCUUAAGAGCUUUGAAUUUUUAAAAUGGAUUAUCAGUUAUAAUAAGGCACAGUUUUACUGUAUUUACCACUUUAUGUCCUCUCAUAUUCUCUCUCUCUCCAGUCUUAUAGUGAAUUGCUUGUUCUAUGAGCAUAAACUUUUCCUUUCUAGAUAUGUAAUAUUGAAUGUGUUUACUCAGCACGUUAGGUGCAUAUCUGACAGAGAAAUGAAACCUGAAUUCAUUCCUUAAUUAAUAUUUGGCAUUUUGCAAGCUGCAUUUGUCAUUUUGAAAUAGUUAACCAUCAGAUUCCCUGCUUUUUAUAAAGAUUAGAUUUUACACAGGGACCAGAAUAUUAGCCUUUAAUUUAUAAAAUACACUAGCACAAAUAUACUCUUGUGGUAACAUUUUCUGUAAACCAAGAGCUGGUGAAUGUAGUAAGGGCUUUCUUGCUAUAUUAGUACAGGUAGUCCCUGCAUUAAGAAUGCCCAGGUUACAGAUGACUCAUAGUUAAGAAAAGAACCAAUUG